ACUGGGCUCUGGAAGGACAACCCUUUGUGCCCCUUCGCCUAAAGGAUCCGUCGUCUGGAGGGUGGCCGCAUCCUGUGGCUAAAGUGACCCAGGUCCGUGCUUGUGACAGUACACGUUACUUGAGGAUGGAGUGGGGGGGCUGUUGCCCCACAAGGGCAGAUGGGCCGGAGGGAUCGGGGUGCCCUCACUGAGCCGGGAGGGGUCUCCGCGUUGGCACUCGUUUCCCAGCAGCUGCUGGCCCGUCAGGCUUGGCACUGCAGUCGACCGAAAAGUGCCUCAGCCGUGCGGAGCUGACCUCACCCCAGGCCCCAGCCCUGCGCUGCCUGCUCCUUUUCUCAAGCCUCAGAGCCGAAAUCCCGAGCUGUCCCCAUUGGCCAGGAAGAGCCAAAGACGUUCCCUUGCCCAUGUUAGGAGGUGGCCGCCUCCCGAACUAAAGAUAGACACAGCUGGCCCUCGCGGGCAGCUAAAAGCCUGCAGACCUAGAGGUGUGCCCCACUCGGCAGCCAGGCUCCUUGAAAUACCCUUUCAGUAAUCCUCCCAACGCCUCCAUGUCUCUGCUGUGCCAUAACAAAGGCUGUGGGCAGCGCUUUGACCCCGGUGCCAACCUCCCUGAUUCCUGUUGCCAUCACCCCGGGGUCCCAAUCUUCCAUGAUGCACUUAAGGGUUGGUCCUGCUGCCGGAAGCGCACCGUAGACUUCUCUGAGUUCUUAAACAUCAAGGGCUGCACUGUGGGGCCGCACUGUGCUGAGAAGCAACCUGACGCCCCUCAUCCUGAGGACCCGGCCACAAGCAGUUCGCUUCAGGAGCAAAAACCCCCGACUACCAUUCCAAAGUCAGCAGAGACUUUGCGCCGGGAGAGGCCCAAGUCAGAGUCGCCUCCAAAGCUGCUUCCGCUAAAUAUAUCCCAAGCCCUGGAGGUGGCAUUGGAGCAGAAGGAGUUAGACCAGGAGCCCGGGGCCGGACUUGACAGGAGUCUGAUCCGGACUGGUUCCAGCUGCCAGAACCCUGGCUGUGAUGCCGUUUACCGAGGGCCCGAGAGCGAUGCUGUCCCGUGCACUUACCACCCAGGAGCACCUCGAUUCCACGAGGGGAUGAAGUCUUGGAGCUGCUGUGGCAUUCAGACCCUGGACUUCGGGGCCUUCCUGGCGCAGCCGGGAUGCAAAGUGGGUAGACAUGACUGGGCGCGGCAGCUGCCAGCGUCUUGCCGUCACGAUUGGCACCAGACAGAGUCCUUGGUGGUGGUGACCGUGUACGGGCAGAUUCCACUGCCUGCGUUCAACUGGGUGAAGGCCAGUCAGACCGAGCUCCACGUCCACAUUGUGUUUGACGGGAACCGUGUGUUCCAGGCGCAGGUGAAGCUCUGGGGGGUUAUAAACGUGGAGCAGAGCUCUGUCUCCUUGAUGCCAUCUCGGGUUGAAAUCUCCCUGGUGAAGGCUGACCCAGGCUCCUGGGCCCAGCUGGAGCACCCCGAUGCACUAGCUGAGAAGGCCGGGGCGGGGGUUGGGUUAGACAUGGAUGAGGAAGAAUCUGAGGAUUCAGAUGAUGAUCUGAGCUGGACAGAGGAGGAGGAAGAGGAGGAAGCCAUGGGGGAAUAGUGACACCAGACAGUCAAGUGUCUAGACAGGACCUCGAUGACUCUCUUAGGAUCUCAGAGGCCAGGAUACGCUUGGCCACGUGAUACUGGGCAGCAGGAGGCUGAAGGAGGAGAGAACAAAAGCGUCCGAGCCAUGCUGUUUUUUUUCCCCCCUAAAUAAAUCUUGUAUUCUACGCUUUCA